AUGAUUAUGAGUUCAUCCUUAGUAAUUGGCGGUAAGUGCAGAUCCUAUCGUUACUUGUUGUGUCUGUUGGUCGUAUCUCACUGCUCUCCGCUCGCGAACUCCGGUCAGUUGCUGCAUGCAUUGCAGUCAGUUUGGCAGACUAUAACACUCAUGGCUGUUUCUGUACCUUGCUUGAAAGUAACAGUAGAUGUUGAUAGUUGUGAUGUACCGGCUGAACAGAAAGACCAAAUAUUGUCACCAAUUUAUUGUUCAUGUCAGUCUGAAUUUUGCAACUGCGGUUCCACAUUAGCGAUUACUCAGGCUUCUGCUGCAAAGAUUUAUCACCAUUUAGGUUUUCCAAAAGGAAGGAAUGAAAUAUUAGAACAGGGUUAUAGAUCAAAUGCUCUUCAUAUUUGGGGUACUCACAAUCUUAGUACAGAGGAUGUUUUAUCUUGGUUAUCUGAUUACAGCCCAAAAUGUAUCGAAUGGAUAAAUGAUGCAUCAUGCAAUGUUGUGUUUGAAGAUGAGAAUACUGUUCUACGCGCUAUAGCCGAUUUCGCUGAACCAUUUGAUCGUCGUGUUGCAUUAGCUGCAGCUGCUGCUUUGGCCUCACUUUUAGAAAAAGAUGAUAUUAAUGAUGUAGGCUUGAGUCAGUCAGAUAAUUUAGACGAAAUAUUUGAAGAUCGUAAAUCUUUGACAUUAUCAAAUGAAACACUGGAUUCUAUUGAACAAUUUUCUCAACAUCUACCUCCAACCGGGCGUUGGUAUAAGGCAUUAUCAGUUCCACCUCAAACAAUAUCACUUUUUCUACGAUUCCCACAUAAAACGGAUGUAAAACUACCUGGAGCAGAACGUCGAAGUCUUUAUUACCGCCGUUUUGGUAACCCUAAUUAUGGUGGAAUGACUGGUAUUUUAAGUCGUUCAUACAGACGUCGUGUUCGGAUAUCGCGAAUUAAAUCCAGCAACGAUCCUAACGGUGACUCGCGUCAUAUUGAAAGUUUAUCUGCACAAUUUGCCGAGCUGGUUGCCAACGCUUAUGAUGAUCCCGACUCAGUAGUUAGUCCAACAGUUGGUAAUAGUAACUACAAUAUAUGGAAUUCAGCUUCCCAAGCACCUGCACCUGAGCGCCCUCUUAUUGUUUACGAUAAUCUGUAUGAUGAGUCAGAUCAAGUAGCUCAUCCCACAAUAUUUCCCAAAUAUACUACAAAGUCUAACACAAGACAGCGUCGAAAUGCUAGCGGUAAGAUCCCAAAGUGUUUCUUUUUUCUUAUAAUUAUGCUGUGUGAAUCUGUGCAGGGAGUUGAUGGGUCAGUAUUCGAAAUUAUGUCUUCCGUUUCCGUUGCGUUCUUCCUUCCCCAGUAUACUUUAACGACUACACUUCACUAGACUUAACUUAUAUCAGAACAAGAAUAAGUCGGGAAUAAGGUACGUUCCAAAGAACCAUGUAUAGCGACGAAAAUGCUUCAGUUUAUAUUGAAUUUACGUGAGAAACGUAUAGCUCACCAAGUCUAGGUUAAAAUUCGAUGAAUUAAUGUGCUUGAAUUCAAUUUUGGAUUGGGUUUGAAACUGUCAGCAGUUUAUUUUUCUAACAAUUCCUCCUGCGUACUGAUCCCGGAGUUAUCUUGCAAAUUAUCCAACUCAUUUGAUUUUACUGUGUUAAGGGCAUAGGAUUUCUAUCUAUACAUACAGAUGCGAACAAAAUAAAAUAGACCCUCACACAUAUAUUGGUAGUAUUUUGGAAUUUAGCAUCUAGUCAGAAAAAUUCCAUAUAUAUGUUUAAUAUUUCAUAUCUAUAAUUAUAUGUAUGACGAAUACCACAGUACUUCAUUUGGUUCAUGUGUACCAUGCACAAUUCAAUAUCAUAUUUAAUUGAAUAUCAGAUUGGCCAUACGAUACUUGUGAAAUAUAAUUUAUACCUUUAUUACAUCUUACUUUAUCUGUAGAUUAGCAUAAAGUACAUUGAAUUAUUCAUUAUCUACACUCAGUAGGACUUCAUCUACUUUCAAAAAAUUCAAUUUGAAACAUAUUUCAUCAUAUACUUAUGAUGUUGAUUAGUAAAAAUCAAUUUCAAAGUUGUUGCGUUUAUCUAACUGGAUGGGUGUUACAUAUGAUUACAAUCUUGUUUUUAUUACUACUAAAAAACUUACCAAUAAAAUAUUACCUCUGUGUACGUGAUAGAAACGUUAUACUGUUUGGUAUAAGGUAGUGAUAUACAUAAUACAUUAUCAACUUUGAUUAUUUGGCUUUUUAGAAUGUAUUGUAAUGUUAUGGUAUUACUUCUCAACGUCUAAUCUUGUUCUGAUGCCAAUUCAUCCUCUUUCUAAUAAGUGGCUUGGUAAUUUUUCUUACUCCUAAUGUCUUUCAGUUUUCUGGCACAUAAACAUCCAGCUGACGAGUCCCAAAUAAAACGAAAUGCGCGUCCUGGAUUACACCGCUAGCCACCAUCCAUCUUUGCUUGUAAUAGUACAUAAACAUGUUUGCCGAGUUAUUACUGCGUAAAGGAAUCCUCCACCACAUACAAAAUGUUUCUAGGUAAAAUCAAAAUGGAGUCAUUGGCACCACUUCUGUACUCGAUUAAUGAUAUUCAUACUAAUUCUAUAGUUGAUCAUAUUCUCGUAUAUCAUCAUUCAGCCUAGUUUGAUGCUUAUAGUCACUGAAUCUGUUUAGUAAUGUGAAAGUUUAAUCAUGUUGUUCGUAUACGAGCUUUCAGGUAAUUGUAAGUUUAGCCGUUAUUUCAAACAACUGAUUUUUUGAUACAUAAGCGAAAAUCCGACUGAACUGAUUUGAUGUUUGUUUUUACAACUAAUUUUUAGGAAUUUGAUAUUCAUUUCCAUCUAUAAAAAAAACACAACUUAACUAUGGCCUGUGCAAAUGAGUUUAAUUUCAGAAGGCAAGGUAUCACAGCUAAAUUGUGCUCUUGAGUCUAGAAAUAAAUAAUUACAUAUAGUUGUCUAUUUACGUGAUGACGAAGUUAUACAGGAAUGCUGUCUAGAGGUUUUACUUGUUUUAAUCCAACUACGUGAAAAAUGGCAGCUGGGCGCGAGGUUUAUUUAGUGCUAUUUGGUAAUGCUACUCAUGAGUAACUUGUCAUGUUCCAUAAAAUUACUGGGUACCCGAUUGGUCUAGUUAUCUAGUUAAUUACUUUUAAACCACCCUUUUGCUCGUGAAAGAGUAGUGAUGGUACUCGACUGUCUAAACCGAAGUAGGUGGUACUAGGUUUAAAUUUGGUGUCUCAUGGUUGGAAACUGAGUGCUUUUACAAUUACACUUUCGUUACUCAAUUUUUUAUUGACUAAUAUAGUUAGUAUUCGUUUUACUUUAUUGAACGGAUAUUUUCUGUCUGUUUGUGCUUAGCUCUGAGCGUUUAUCAGUCUUCACCUAUUGAAAUAAACAAACAUAUCACCAGAAGUCAAUAAUCUUCUAGCUCCAUUCUAGCAUAACUGUCAAAGUUUAUAUAACAUUUUCAGUUGUUGUUUUAAUGUAAAAUACCUAAUAUUACACAUUAUGGUAUUUGUAUUGUUUGGUUUAUUGCUUUUCGCGAUGGAUAUUGAAAAUGUAUGGGCAACAAAAGUGUGCCGGCUAAACUGUUUAUCGUAAGCUACCUUUCGACGCCUGUCGUUUGUUGGAUUGUUUAGUUUCUAGUUUAUUCAUUAUUCACAUCAUAUGCUAAUGCAUUGUUUUGAUACCAAACCGUCUCUCCUGUAUUUUAUUCCAUAAUUGAUGUUAGUGUAACUUUACAAGACAAUAUUUGAAAUGUUUUCUGUCAUUUGUAUCCACAAAAUUCACUUGUUCUAGAGUUUCCUGUACCUAAACCUCGACGACAGCCUCACAAAUGGCCUCGUCGAGAUCGCGGUCCAAUACCAAAUCGCUGGUUGACGAAUGAAGACGAUGACGAAGAUGAGGAUGAUAUAUUUGAAACUCCAGAACCUGGGACGAUUGUAGUUUUAGAUCCACGGGAACCAUGGGGGAGUGCAUUGUCUGGUGACUCUAAACCAUCCCUGCGCUCAAGUGGCUCCAGUCGUGUCAAACCUGUUAAUCGUCAUUAUCCUCGUAGCAUUGCAACAGUAACAUUAAUGCCUGAUACCGAUGUUAAUGAUGAUAUUAACUUAGUUGAGGACGAAAAUGCCCUCAGAACUAGGCGUUUGUUGGCGUCAAUGAGCAUGGUUGCAGAUAUAGAAUCCAACUCCGGAAGACCUCGGUAAUUUUAAUACUUUACUUUGAGUAGUCUAAUUUUACUGGUGCGAAUUUUAUAUUGACUGCUUUAAAUCAUAUCACUAUUUUGGUCGUCAUUCUAAAUGGAUGUUAAAUCCAACAUAGUAAAUCUACUUAGUUCAUUUUUUAAAUCGUAAGUGAUUAUUUUUAGUUCUUGAAUGAUAUAACUCCUAAUCUGUGGGUUGAUAAUCGAAUGUUUUCAAAUUACAUUGAAGAAAUGAAUCUAGAUUUGUUUUUCUAACCAUCCUAUAUCGUCUUCUGGAUUUAUACAGGUUAUAUAGUUCUGCAUAAACCCUUACCUACAUGCUUUUGUCUUUUAUGAUGUUCAUGUAUCGUAGGCAUUAUUUUGAGGAUCCUAUUAUGUACUAAGUUGUUUUAGUUAUUAGUGUAUCUGUAUUGGGCUUGUUUUUCGUUUAUUUAGGUCUGUUUCAGAACGUCUUGGUGUUCCUGGAAAUCGUCCAAUUAAAUCACGUAAACCAAAUAUUUGGCAACGCUUGGGCUAAACCUCAUUUUUUUAUUUAGUGAUCUUUCUUUGUAAAAGCCUUUUAAUUUCCUUCGCCGGAUCCUUCUGUUGUUUUACUAUAUAUUUUUAUCUUUAGUCUAGUGUAUAUAUAUAUGAAUAUCCAGUAUUAUCCCUCUUGCUUUUCUUAAUUUCACUCAAAGCGUGUAUUCUUAUUCUAACCACUAGUUGUAAAUAUAAAAGAGAUUUAUUUACACUAACAAUAUCGAUAUUUUUUAUUGUCUUCUUUUUUUUAACGAAGCCUGUUAAUCAUAUUUGAUUUCGUGCAAUUAACGUUGGAAACUGUUGAUAAUCUCUAAGGUAUUUAGGC